UGUGUGUGUGUGUGUGUCUCUGGCUGUAUCACUGGUUGCAUGUGUAGGGGCGGAGAGCUUUUAGACUGAAACUAUGGGUUUUGACUCCCGCUCACAUCCUCUAGGUGUGGCCUUUCAGGCUCUUCAGACUGAUCCAGGAACUGCCGGCUGACAGAGUGGCCGAGCCAGUUCUCUCCAGAGAGCAGAAGAGAGAAGGCUGACAGACAGAGACUCUGAAGACAUGGCAGACACAGCAGCUGUAGCAGCUCCAGUCUCCCAGCAGCAGUGUGCUGUCUGCUCAGGUGCACUGACAGCAGCCUGCCCUCACUCUGUUUGUGGCUCCUGUUUGGGGGACAAAAACAAAGGAUGUCCCAAGUGUCUGCAGAGCUCAGACAAGCCUAAACCUGAACCCAAACAGAACGGAACAGAGGCUGAAACUCCGGAGAUCAAGAGCAAAGAGGAGCAAGACCCUAAAACAACGGGGGAGAUCAAAAUCCAAGAAGACCUGAAGGAGUCUGAAGACCCUAAAAAGCCUGAGGAGGAGAAGAAAGAGGGGCCACCACAGACAAAUGGAGAGAAAGAAGAGGUGAAAGAAGAGGAGGUGAAGGAGGAACCUCUGGGCCCCGACGAUGUGGUGUGUGACUCCUGUAUCGAGAGCCCCUGCAGGGCCCUCAAGUCCUGCCUCACCUGCCUGGUGUCCUACUGCGAGGCCCACCUCCGGCCCCACCUGGAGAACCCCAAGUUUCAGAACCACCGGCUGGUGGAGCCGCUCAGGGACAUCGAGAGGCGGACCUGCGAGAGCCACAAGUGGCCCCUGGAGCUGUUCUGCUGCGCCGACUCCUGCUGCGUGUGUCAGGACUGUGUGACGGAGGAGCACAAGGGCCACAACACCAUCCCUGUGGUGGAGGCUCGCAGUCGGAUAGAGAAGGAACUGAGGGACAAGCAGACGGAGAUGGGGAAGACCGUGUCCGCAGCAGAGAACGCCAUCAACAAACUCCAACUCAACACAGUGACUAUCGAGAGUUCAGUGACAGAGGUGAAGGCGGUGAUCGAGACCCAGUUCGAGGAGCUGCAGGCCGUGAUGGAGAGGGCGAAGCGGGAGGUGACGGAGAUCCUGGAGGCCGACGAGAAGCAGGCGCUGAGGCAGGCCGACGGCAUCCGGGUCCACCUGGAGCAGAGGUGCACGGAGCUGAAGAAGACGCAGGUGCAGGUGGAGAAGCUCUCCAAGAACAAAAAUGAUGUGGACUUCUUACAGGAGUAUUCGGAGUGGAAGAAAGAGGCCACUGAUAACUCUCUGCCUGGGGUCUCCAUCGGCCUGAUGGACCGUCUGACCUCCUUCAGCAGCGUCAUCGUUGAGUCCACGCACGAGCUGUGUGCCAUGCUGGUGUCUUCAUACAUAGAGAAAGUGAAAGAGACCUGCAAGAACGACAAAAUGGGAAUCAAGACAACAGUUCAUGAAAUUGUUGCAGCGAAACAGAACAUGACUAUACCGGAUCCAGUGACACACACCGACUUCCUCAAGUAUUCCACCAACGUGAGCUUUGACGCGGAGACCGCCCACAAGUUCCUGCGGCUGACGGAAGAAAACAGGAAGGUGACGAACACCACACCCUGGCAGCACCCUUACCCUGACGUACCUGAUAGGUUCGAGAACUGGCGCCAAGUUCUGGCGACGGAGAGCUUCUAUCUGGGCCGGCACUACUUUGAGGUGGACAUCAGCGGCGAGGGCACGCACUUGGGUUUGACCUACAAGAGCAUCGACCGCAAGGGCAACGAGAGCAACAGCUGCAUCACGGGAAACAACUUCUCCUGGUGUCUACAGUGGAACGGACGCACCUUCUCCGCCUGGCACAGCGACGUGGAAACCCCUCUCAAUGUGGAGAAGUUUACUCGUAUCGGGGUUUACGUGGACUACUCAAGAGGCCUCCUGGCUUUCUACGGUGUCGAUGACGCCAUGACGCUCAUACAUAAGUACAAGGCAGAGUUCCUUGAGCCUAUUUACCCGGCUUUCUGGUUGUCCAAGAAGGAGAACAUCGUCGCCUUGGUGGCACCAGGGGAGCUAUUACGACUCAAAAGCCCCUCUCCUCCAACCUCACCUGCAAACGGAGCAAUUGUUCCAAAAACAGCGGCAUAGCAUUGAUAAGAAGUCGGUUCUUUCCGGAUCAUUUAUGUCACCAUUCAACCUGGUGAGACUUAAUAAUGUUUUAUCCCACAAUAGACUUAUUUUAACUCUAAAAUAUGGACAGUCUUCCCAUGGUAAACCUGUUUACAGCAACCUAUUGUUUGGAUAAAUUGUGAAUGUUUAUCAUGUUUUUUUGGCCCAAGUCGUAUUUAUACUACUCUUCGUAGGGGACUUCUGUUACUUUGGUCUUACUGUGAAUUCAGAGGUGUUCUAUGUUUUUCUCCUUGAAAAUAAAAAAGUGCUACUUACAUUUU